UUGUAAAUUUUAUGGACUGGGUGUUAUUUUUAUAAUUUUUUUUAAAGGUCUUAUUAUUGAAAAAAUCCCAAAUAAACUAAAGGGGGAGAAAUACCAUACAAACCCUUCGUUACUAACCACCGUCAGAUUUUACUUAAAAAACUAAUUCCCCUCAACAUCUUCACCUCGUUUGAAAAUAACAAUCUUCUUCGAACAUGUAUUGAUUGGAAUUUUUUAAUGUAUGUAUUUUGAAAAUUUUGUUUAAGAACGUGUGUAUUUAGGAAAAAAAUUCAAAAAAAGGACCAUAAAAAAAAAUCUACGGAAGGACAAAGCAGAGAAGGAGCCAGUCUGGAGAAAUAAGAUGUCGUUUUAUGGCUGUUCAAAAAUGGCGGUAGAUGUUCUUUCUUCCAAUAUAAUAAACAAAUCUCCUAAUUACGAAAAAAAGAAGAAAAAAAUCUCACAGCAGCAGCCACUGCGCACUUCCCUAAGGAUUCUACCUUCAAUUUAUCGAAUCCCGAAGUCCUUGUAACUCUCUGGACUUCCGCUUGCUUACUAUUUUGUUGUGGAAGACAUCACCAAACCCCGCCAUCACCAUGGCUGCCUCUAGUUUGCUCUGUAAUAACCCAAACUUCUACCCUUGUUCCAAUUCCUUCAGCAAAAGCAAUUUCUCCUCCACCCCAUCUGGGUCCGUUUGUUUCACUCAAAAGUUUCAAUUUCAGAGGAGCCCAGUUGUGAAAGCCAGCAAGAAGCAAAUAGAGGUAUCGCUUUUUUGUAUCUUCUCAUUUGAUUGAAAAGAAAUGAGCUUCGAUUUUGAUUUGAUUUGUUGCUUUCUUGAAUUAGGUGGUGUAUGAUCCUGAUGAGAGGUUGAACAAGUUAGCAGAUAGGUAGAUAAGGAAGCUCCUCUUUCCAGGCUCACUCUGUUCUCUCCUUGCAAGGUCUUUCCGCUUCUAUUUUUGAUUCGACUCUCACUGUUGCCUUCUUUGCUCUAAUGAGACUUUCGUAUGGGUUGAUUUCCCGUCUGGGUUUCUUGCAGAUUAAUGUUUUCUUGAGAAUUACGAGCAAACGGGCAGAUGGCUAUCAUGAUUUGGCAUCUCUUUUCCGUGUAAGUAGUCUCUUCUUCAGGCUCAAGUCGCUUGAUACAUUUGGAGAUUUGAGGUUAAUUCUUGGUUUUAGUUCCACAUUCAGUCCAGUACUAACAGUUUGUCCUGCUUUAUUCUUCCUCCUGGUGAUUAGUUUAGGAGAUAUAAUUAAGUUCUCGUUGUCCCCAUCUGAUAAGACGGAUCGUUUGACCACCAAUGUGUCUGGGGUACUCUAUAUCACUAUGUCAGUCUUGUGACUGAAUGUUGCAAAUUUUGUAUGCAGAUUAUAAAAGCCCUUAAUCUCUUUAGGAAAAAGACAGGCACUAACAAAUACUUUUGGGUAAGGACUUGCAGUGUUAAAAUAUUAAUUAAUACUUGUAUUGGAAUGGGUAACACUUUAAGAUUUUGCUUAAGGUCAGUAAUUUCUCCACAGAUAACACCUAGAUGAAAAGGUUCCAACUGGAGCAGCACUUGGUGGUGGAAGCAGCAAUGCUGCAACUGCACUGUGGGCUGCCAAUCAAUUCAGUGGCGGUCUUGCCACCGAGGAAGAGCUCCAGGAAUGGUGUGGAGAGAUUGGUUCGGACAUUCCUUUCUUCUUCUCUCAUGGAGCAGCCUAUUGUACUGGUCGUGGUGAGGUUGUUGAAGAUAUGGCUUCACCUAUUGCUUUUAGACAUUCCUAUGGUUCUUGUUAAGCCCCCAGAAGCCUGCCCAACUGGUGAAGUCUAUAAGCAUCUCCGAGUGGACCAAGCUAGUCAAGUUGAUCCAUUGACUUUGCUAGAGAUGUAUCAAGGAAUGGCAUAUCACAAGAUGUUUGCAUAAAUGAUCUGGGUAUGAACUCAAAUAACACUAUCAUGGUUUAAUUCGUAAAAGUGAUUCCGUCUUCUAUCGCUUGAAUAGCUUUUUGUUUCAUUUCUCCCCCACCCCCCAAUAUGAAAGCCACUAUCUAUCCUUGGCUGCAGAACUUCCAGCGUUUGAAGUUCUUCCAUCACUUAAAAGGUUGAAGCAGCGUAUGGCAGCAGCUGGCCGUGGACAAUAAGAUGCUGUUUUCAUGUCUGGAAGGUACCUUUUUACUAUCUAAAAUGCCACGUGAUUUGAAUUUUAUGGUAUAUCUAGUCCAAGAACCUGCAUAGUAUCAGUGGUUCGGUUUCUGUAAAGUUGAUAACCACACACCAUAUGAAAUGAUUCUGUGCACUUUGCCAAUGUGUGUGAGUUUUCCAGUGGUAGCACCAUUGUCGGCAUUGGUUCACCAGAUCCUCCGCAAUUUGUGUACGAUGAUGAAGAAUAUCAGGACGUUUUCUUGACAGGUAAAAGAUGUAAAAUGGUGACAGUAAAUAUUUGGAAAAACAUGUUUUAUGAUUUGCACCAGUAACCAAGCCUUUACCUCUUACCUUGAUCACUGAACUUUGGAAUACACUUCCUAUCUUUUACAGAGGCAAAAUUCGUGACAUGAGAACCGAAUCAGUGGUACAAGGAACCCGCUUCCAUCACUUCCACCAUCUUCCCCUCGGAGUUCUCUCGAUCUACCGCUCGAGAAUCAAGUUUGUAGAUAAAAGAAGCCAUCUUUGUGUCAAUCGGUGGUUGGUCUUGUUGUUUUCGUUCUAGAGGGUGUGCUAUAAUUUUUCCCGCACCUGAGGCCUGAGGGUGAUGUUUAGAAAUAAUAGUGAAAUGGUGGAUUGGUGGUACAAGACUUAAACGGCAACUGUUCGGAUCGAAAACCAAGCAUCUUGGAGAGCUUUGGGAUCUUGUUGCGCAGAUGGGAAAAGUGAUGUAAUAGUUUCUUUUUUAGUAGAAGCUGCUUAGCGUUGUAAUUGAAGUGCAAUAACCAUGAGAGUGUUCU